UCCCGGGAGCUGAGGCGGGGAGGGACGGAAGGAAAGCAAGGCAAGGGGGGGACUGAGCCGGCCGAGCCCCCGGCUCGCCUUCCCCUCCCUGCCUGCCUGCUUAUUCUUGGGAAGCCGGAGAAGAGCGCGCGUGUGGAGCGGCUCCCCUCUCCUCCUUGCCAAACAAAAAGCGGCGGGCGGCGCAAGGCGGGCGAGGGGGGAUUCGGAGCCGGCGGAGUAGCAGCGGGGAGGAGAUGCGGGCCCCCCCGGCCGGCUCUGCUGCAGAUUCCAGUUGCGGGGGAGAGGGGAGAGGGCGAGACCCCCGUUCCCCAGCGCGCCGGGACCGCCUCUCUAACCGGUAACAUGCACGUAUCGCUAGCUGAAGCCCUCGAGGUUCGAGGAGGACCACUGCAUGAAGAAGAAAUAUGGGCUGUGUUGAAUCAAAGUGCCGAAAGCCUUCAAGAGUUGUUUCGUAAAGCUGACCCUGCAGCGCUGAGCUUCAUCAUUUCUCCGUGGUCUUUGCUGUUGCUUCCAUCUGGAAGUGUAUCGUUUACAGAUGAAAAUGUUUCCAACCAAGAUCUGCGAGCAUUUACUGCGCCAGAAGUACUCCAAAAUCAGCCACUAUCCUCUCUCUCGGAUGUUGAAAAGAUUCACGUUUAUUCUCUUGGGAUGACACUUUAUUGGGGAGCUGACUAUGAAGUUCCACAAAGCCAACCUAUCAAACUUGGAGAUCAUUUAAACAGCAUACUGCUCGGCAUGUGUGAAGAAGUUGUUUAUGCCCGCUUGUCUGUCCGAACCAUGCUGGAUGCUUGCAGUGCUCACAUACGGAAUAGUAACUGCGCACCUUCCUUCUCAUAUGUGAAACAGCUGGUGAAACUGGUUCUGGGAAGUUUAUCUGGGGUGAAUCAGCUUUCCUGCAUUGGGGACAGAAAGCUGCAGACGGAUAGGAGCCAGGCCAUCCGGGAGAGGCUGAGAGGAAAAGGUCUUCCCACAGGAAGAAGUUCAGCAGUUGAUGCUGCAGAGAGUCACAAGACGCCAUUCUCUCAACUGGCCACAUUUAACAAAGGGCUUAGCAAAUCAACGGGGGUCUUGUCCAUCAGAGGCUCACAGGGUGAAGAAGAAUUUUGCCAAGGCAUUUCCUCCCAUUACCACUCUGGCCAUGAAGAUGCCACAAAUACUUGCUGCCCGUACCAGUGCAGAGCUGCAGACUUGGAAAGGAAAGGUAAUGUUGGAGCCGAUGCCCGUCCCAAACGGAAAGUUUGGGCUUCCUCCUCAGACUUGCUGUGCACAACUGACUCAGUGACUGAGAGAGACCGUGUUGGGGAUUCUCACAGGCACCACCAUCACGCAGGGACAGUUGCAGCACGGACUUCAGCGGCAGCUAGAAGCAAAGAGGGACGAUAUUCUGAUGGGAGCAUAGCCCUUGAUAUAUUUGGCCCUCAAAAACUAGAUCAGGUUCGCCAUGUGCCAGAGUUUUCAACAUCUGCGGCCAUUUCAAGUGCCUUUGACAGGAUCCGAGAGAGGCAGAAAAAGCUGCAUCAGCUGAGAAAAGCCAUGGAUGCUGAAGAACAUGGACGCCGAUACAAAUCUUACCACAAUGACAUAUACAGUACAGACAGUGAAAGCCCAUCGUUCAUUUCUUCUGAUGCAGAUUUUAGACAAGUGAAGAGAACGGAAGGUUUAAAGAGAGAUGACUCCAGUGGCCCAAGCUCAGAUGAUAUUUCUCCAUCGAAUCAAAUCCAGGGACAAAGGUCAAGGCAAUAUGAAGCAUCUCUUGAUGGCAGCCUAGUAAGCCAAGAAGUCAUGCUCAAGCGGCAGGAAGAGGAAAUGAUGCAGCUGCAGGCUAAAAUAGCCCUCCGGCAGUCUCGGCUAAGCCUCUAUCCCGGAGACCUAGUGAAGACAUCCAUUUUGGACAUGUCCAGAGAUCCCCUAAGAGAAAUUGCAUUGGAAACAGCCAUGACCCAAAGGAAACUAAGGAAUUUCUUCGGUCCUGAAUUUAUGAAAACAACCAUUGAGCCAUUCACCUCUCUAGACCUGCCAAAGUCCAUUUUGAACAAGAAAGGGAAGAAUGAAGACAGCCGUCGGAAAGUCAACGUCGUGCUUCUAACUGGGCAGAGGCUGGAGCUGACCUGUGACACCAAGACCAUAUGCAAGGAUGUCUUCGAUAUGGUGGUAGCCCAUGUUGGUUUAGUAGAGCACCACUUGUUUGGCUUGGCUACUUUAAAAGAAAAUGAAUUUUUCUUCAUUGAUCCAGAAUUAAAACUAACUAAAGUAGCUCCUGAAGGAUGGAAAGAAGAACCAAAGAAAAAGAGCAAAAACACCGUCAACUUCACCUUGUUCUUCCGCAUUAAAUUCUUUGUGGAUGACAGCAGCUUGAUACAGCAUACGCUGACAUGUCAUCAGUAUUACCUGCAGUUAAGGAAAGAUCUCCUGGAGGAGAAGAUGCACUGCGACGAUGAAACUGCCUUAUUGCUAGCAUCACUGGCUCUCCAGGCGGAGUAUGGAGAUUACCAAACAGAGGUGCAUGGCCUGUCUUAUUUCAGACUGGAGCACUACUUACCGCCUAGAGUGAUGGAAAACCUGGACCUCUCUCAUGUCAAAGAAGAAUUGCCAAAACUGCAUAGCGCUUACGUCGGUGCUUCUGAAAAAGAAGCCGAGUUGGAGUUUCUGAAGAUUUGCCAGAGGCUAACGGAAUAUGGUGUUCACUUUCAUCGUGUGUUGCCAGAGAAGAAAUCUCAGACUGGAAUUCUGUUGGGUGUCUGCCCUAAAGGAGUUCUUAUUUUUGAAGUGCACAAUGGCAUCCGUACACCUGUCCUUCGUUUCCCAUGGAGAGAAACAAAGAAAAUAUCAUUUAAUAAAAGGAAAAUCACUCUGCAGAACACAUCGGAUGGUAUAAAGCAUGCAUUCCAAACUGACACAAGCAAGACCUGCCAGUACUUGCUGCAGCUGUGCUCUUCACAGCAUAAAUUUCAGCUGCAGAUGAGAGCAAGGCAAAGUAACCAAGAUGCUCAGGAGAUUGAAAGAGCAUCGUUCAGGAGCCUCAACCUCCACACAGAAUCCGUGAAAGGAUUUAACAUGGGCCGGGCCAUCAGUACAGGCAGCCUAGCCAGCAGUACACUGAACCGCCUUGCAGUCCGGCCGCUGUCAGUUCAAGCAGAGAUCCUGAAGAGACUGUCCUGUUCUGAAUUGUCCCUGUUUCAGCCGCUCCAAGGUAGCUCCAGAGACAAGAAUGAGAAGCAGUCGUGGGAAGAAAGACCCAAGAUCAUGAGCAAAUCCUUCCACGAUCUGAGUCAGAGCCAGAUCUCGGUCAGCCCUCUUCGGAAAAAUGUGAUCGGUGCCACAGACUCUUCUUCAAGAAGAAUGGAGGAAUUAAUGGGAAAGAUCUUCCAGCCAGUGCCAAAAUCUGAUAACGAAUCAGUGUCUGGAACAAGAAAGCUGAAUAAUUUACACUCUCAUGCAGGUUUAAAUGCCAGCCUAGAAAGAAAGAAAAAUGAAUCAGACUCAUCCUCCACGGAAGAUACUGGCCAAGCCUAUCUUAUAGAUGUUCUACAAACAAAGCAGAAUGUGAUUUCAUUGCCAGAAAGGGAGAUCAACUUGGUAAAUUUGAAAAAAGAUGAAAAGUAUGGCUUAGGGUUCCAGAUCACCGGUGGGGAGAAAACUGGAAAACUAGAUCUUGGAAUUUUCAUUCAUUCAAUAACUCCUGGAGGACCAGCUGAUCUGCAGGGGUCAUUGAAACCAGGUGAUCGUCUGAUAUCGGUGAACAGCAUGAGCUUGGAAGGAGUCAGCCAUCACACUGUGCUCGAAAUUAUUGAGAGGGCUCCUAACGAUGUGACCCUUGUGGUUUCCCAGCCUAAAGAGAGAUCUACCAAAGAAUUAUUGAGUCUCCUCAGUGGUACGAAAGAACGUUUAAAGGGGCCUUCAUGGACACAGGACAAUGAGGCGGAGUCAUCUUCAGAGGAACACAGCAGGCCUCCCGGUCACCAGAGGCCCCCAUCCGGGAGUCCGGACGGCCUUCGCUCAGGCAAACGGGAUGGAAGCUUGAGCUCUCAAGAUUCCAGAACGGAGAGCGCCAGCCUAUCCCAAAGUCAGUCCAAUGGUGUUUUUGGCAACCAUGUCAACAACAGGGUACAGCAGGAGCUGCAACACUGCCACGACUCCCAGCUUGUCUUUUCCAGUUGCAAUGAAAAAAACAGGCCCUCCUCUGAGACUAACCAGGCAAAAACAAAACAGGCUGGGAUGGCGGAGACCGCUGAGUUUUCUGACCGAGGGGAUUCUGACAUGGAUGAAGCAACUUACUCCAGCAGCCAGGAGCAGAUGCCAGCUAGAAAGGAGCCUUCUUCCAUGAAUUCGGCCAGCUUGAUGAAUUCUAAAAAAUUUCCUGCGCUGCCUCUUAAACCAGGGGAUAUCUUUGAGGUCGAACUAGUCAAAAAUGAGAACGGCUUGGGAAUAAGUGUCACGGGUGGUGUCAACACCAAUGUGAGACAUGGGGGCCUGUAUGUGAAAGCUGUUAUUCCUAAGGGAGCAGCUGAAGCUGAUGGCCGGAUUCAAAAAGGCGACCGAGUUCUCUCUGUCAAUGGUGUUACUUUGGAAGGAGCUACCCAUAAACAAGCCGUGGAAAUCCUAAGGAAUACUGGCCAGAAGGUUCACCUUGUGUUAGAAAAGGGGCAGCUAGCAGCCGCCAAAGUCCAUGCCCCAGCAACAUCACAGUGCACACCUCCAGGCCAGCCCGGUCAAAGUGUCACUCCGGAGAGACCAGUAAAGAAGACUUUAAGUGCCAGAGACUAUAACUUUGUUACUGAGGACAACACGUUUGAGGUGCAGCUAAUGAAAAACAGUUCAGGCCUGGGCUUCAGUUUUUGCCGCGAAGACAGUGUUUCACCGGAACAGCCGGGUUCCAGCAUAGUCAGGGUUAAAAAACUCUUUCCUGGGCAACCUGCAGCAGAAAGUGGGCAGAUUGAGGUCGGGGAUGUCAUCCUCAAAGUGAAUGGUGCUUCGUUGAAAGGACUGUCCCAACAGGAAGUCAUCUCAGCCCUCAGGGGAACAUCUCCUGAAGUUACCCUUCUCCUCUGUAGGCCUCUCCCUGGAAUACUACCAGAAAUUGAUCCUUCUUUAUUGACACCAAUCCAUUCCCCUCCCCAGAUUUUCCCAGACAUUGGUAAAGGUAACUCCCAGCUCUUGAAUGGAGGGCACGAAGACAGUUCAGAUGAAAAUGAAGCCACCGACCAAGGCAAGAAGCGAAUCAAGUCCCCAUCUAGGAGAGAUAGCUACAGCGAUAGCAGUGGGAGUGGAGGAGAAGAGCUUGUGGCAAACGCAGCCCGGAUUGCAAGCCCAAGGUGGAGCUCUGCCCGUUACCAGACGCCAAGCAAAUCAGCAGCUCGGGCACAUAGCCCUUACGAGACUCCCUGUAGUAAAGAGGAGGCAAUUCGCACCAUAUAUUACUCCUCUCAUGAGUUGUCCAGGAAACUAGAAGCUGAGGAAGGCUGCCCUCCAUCUCCUCUGCUGCUGGAUUUGCCACUGGUAUCAAACUGCAGAACUGUCACACCUGGCUCAGCAGAUGAAAACAACGCUUGUUCCGUCUCAGAAUUCACAGAGCUACAAGGAGGGCUGGCAUCGCUGUUCAACCAACUGGAGAAAAAUGCCGACGAAUAUGAACCGGAGGUGGAGCUACAAGUGGUCCUGACAAAAUCAGAAAAGGGCAGCCUUGGUUUCACAGUGACCAAAGGCCACGACAGUGUCGGCUGCUACAUCCACGACGUCCUUCAGGACCCUGCCAAAAGCGACGGGAGAUUACGACCUGGAGAUCGCCUUAUCAAGGUUAAUGACACAGAUGUGACGAACAUGAGCCACACAGAUGCCGUCAGUUUUCUUCGAUCAGCCCCAAAGACCGUCAGGCUGGUACUUGGGCGUGUUCUGGAGCUACCCAAGAUGCCCGUGUUGCCACAUUUGCUGCCUGACAUUAGCUUGACGUGCCAUAAAGAAGAACUGGGUAUCUCUCUUGCAGGGGGUCAUGAUAGCCUUUAUCAGGUGGUCUAUAUUAGUGAUAUCAGUCCAAAGUCCGCUGCAGCCAUGGAAGGAACUCUUCGCACGUUAGAUAUCAUCCAUUACAUUAAUGGGGUCAGCACUCAGGGAAUGACUUUGAAAGAAGCAAAGAGGACGCUGGAGAUGUCACUCCCAGGGGUGGUACUAAAGGCAACAAGGGAUGGACAUCCAGUGUUUUUGAAGAAUAAAGGCAUAGCUAACUCAAGUCCAAAGUCAAUCAAACCUAAUGGUCAUCUCUUCAGUGAGCCCUACGGCAAAGCAGAAACAGGAGUGGAUGCUCAUGCGCCCAAGGUUAACGGUGAGCUGAACAACAGUCACCAGAAAAAAGGUACACGAAAUGUCACCGUAUCAAAAGAGACAUCUCCAUGCGAUGCUCCUAGCCCGGCCUUGGGAUUUUCCAGCUAUAAUAACAAUUCUGCAGAAGAUCAAGACGAUGAUUCUUACGACGAGGAUGAUCACAACGAAGUCAUUCAGUACCUUUUGGACGUUGUAGAUGAAGAAGCUCAGAACUUGCUAAACCGGAGCAAUGCCACAUCUGGGAAUCAUCUGCCAGAGGCAAACAGGAAACUUGCAGAGGAGAAAUCAGAAGACACAGACUGCGAUGGGUCAUCUUUACCUGAAGAUUUUCCAGAGCCACCACAAAUAAAUGGCUGCGAAGAGCAUUGCAAUGACAGAGGGAUGUCUGAAAGAUUAUCUCAGCAACCUUCGGCAGGCCCAGGAGAUGAUGAUGAGAUUACGUGGGGAAGUGAGGAACUCCCAAUUGAAUCAAUCAACCAGAGGCAGCCGGUUGAAGAUUGCCCGUUGAUAACAAAUGAAGAGCUCGCAGCCCUUCCUGUGGUUCAAGUGCUGCCUUCUGGCAAAUAUACGGGGUCCAAGUUGAAAUCAACGGUGCAGAUGCUGCAAGGCCUGUUGGAACAGGGAGUCCCUUCUCAGGAGGUUGAGAAUCUUCAAGACUUAAAACCUUUGGAUCAAUGUUUGGUGGGCCAAACAAAAGAAAACAGAAAGAAGAACAGAUAUAAGAAUAUACUACCUUAUGAUGCCACUAGAGUGCCUCUGGGAGCCGAAGGCGGCUACAUCAAUGCUAGUUUCAUCCGGAUGCCGGUGGGAAGUAAAGAAUACGUUUACAUUGCGUGCCAAGGACCCCUCCCUACUACGGUAGCCGACUUCUGGCAAAUGGCCUGGGAACAAAACUGCACUGUCAUAGCCAUGAUGACCCAGGAAGUAGAAGGAGAGAAGAUCAAAUGCCAGCGGUAUUGGCCUGAUGAACUUGGCAAAACCAUAAUGGUCAGCGACAGACUCCGGCUGGCCCUUGUGAGGCUGCAGCAGCUCAAAGGCUUUGUUGUCAGAGUCGUGGAGCUAGAGGACAUUCACACAGGUGAGCUCCGGCACGUGUCCCAUUUGAACUUUACUGCCUGGCCCGAUCACGACACGCCCUCCCACCCAGACGAUUUGCUCACUUUUAUAUCCUACAUGAGGCACAUCCACAAAUCAGGACCAAUCAUCACUCAUUGCAGCGCAGGCAUUGGACGAUCGGGGACGCUCAUUUGCAUCGACGUGGUCUUGGGACUCAUCGGUCAAGAUCUCGAGUUUGACAUCUCAGACAUAGUGCGCACCAUGCGCCUGCAGAGGCAUGGAAUGGUGCAAACGGAGGACCAGUAUAUUUUCUGCUAUCAAGUUAUCCUCUAUGUUCUAAAACGUCUUCAAGUAGAAGAACAGCAGAGAAACAACUAAAUUUGAAAGCCAAAUGUGCUUUUAAAAGGGGUGCGGAGUAGGACAGAAAAAGGAGGAUCCUGGAUAAUUCAGGCAUUCUGCACUACAGAAUCAAACUGAUUUAACAUUCAUUCUGUCUCCUGCAAGGGAUUUCUAAUACAGAAUUCUCAGCAAACCACAGUUCCCAGGAAUCCUUUGGGGAACCAUGACAGCUAACCUGGUAUAAAGCUAAUAUGCAUCUGUAGUAGACAUGGACACGAAAGAGAAAAAAACCAAACGCGAGUUUCGUGUUUUGAUGCAAUCCAUAAAUUGUGAUUUACGAAACUUCACGAAAUCGACACAUUUGCCAAAACACUUCGUUAGUUUCAUGAUUCAUCAGGACACAGGGCAUUUCAGCAGCCCCCUUUAUACCCAGAGAUGCCAAACUCGCAGAGAGAUUCAGCAGGCUUUCCUUCACUCAGCCUCCCAGUUUGCAAUACGUUGAUUGGGAAGGUCAGUGGGAAGAGUGGGAAGGGAAGUACUGCCAGAGGCCUCAGAGUCAAGCUAGGCCCCAGAGCCAGACAAAGGUCUGAGAAAGGAGAGGUGGAGGGAAAAAGGCACCCUCACCCAAAAGACCUUCCCAGCAAGGUCCCAAAUCUACUCUCUUUCCAAAAAGCUCCCAAAUGCUUCCCAAAAGAUAUCCACUCUCUCUUUCCAGAAGCUCCUAAUUCCACUCCCUCACUCCCAAAUUCCAGCAACAACAGAUCACCCCUCUCCUCUAUCUGUGCUGAAACUGAAAGCACGAGGCAGAGCUGUGCCUUAAAUAAGAAAUGCUCACAUAGAGCAGAACAGCAGCCCUCUUGUUGGCAGACAGACCUGCCCAUCAGGGUUUGGAGGGAAGAGAUUAGUGUUCCCAUGGCUACAGAAGGCCGAUCUCCUCAGUAGCCAUCCCCUGCCCCUUGCUGUAUAGGGCAAAAUGGGAGCUCUCUCCAGUUGGCAGAGAUAGCUGCCUAUCAGGGUUUUGAGGGCUAAGAUUGGGCAAUGAAAGAUCUGCAGACUUUCCUGUCCUCCGUUGCCUAGGGAAUCAAUAGAUUGGCGCCAGCCUGUCUGGCAUUAUGAAUCGAUCACGAAACACAUGAAACGGCCCAAAAGAUCGUGGAUUUCGUGAAACCUCAGCCCCCCACAAAACACGUUUCUUGAAGUGCAAGAGGGCUAGUUUUGUCAUGAUAAUUGUUUCGUAUUUCGAUUCGUGCCCAUGUCUAAUCUGUAGUGCAGGUGUACCUUGAGUAUUCUCUGCCAAUACGGUCCCAGUCUCUGGCAAACAUCAAGUACCCUCGUACUUCCACUUGCUAUCUGAAUGGUCCAGUGUCUUGCAUUCCAUUGGAACAGGCUGCAUUCUUUGCAGUUGUGUGAUACUAUGAUAAACAAUUGACAUUUUAAAACAGCUUUCUGUUUUUACAAGAAGUAUUAAUGUCUCCUACAGGGUUUUUUUUUCCUCCCCAGCUAUUUUAUAAUAUAUUCCAAUGCUGGGGGUGGGGAGGGCAGAGGGAGAAAUGCAAACAGUAUUUUAUCUUGGUGGACUUUCUUACAGGGACAUUCGUAUUAGUCUAUUUUUAAAUUUUUGUUUAUAGCAGAGCUGUCUUUUCCCACCAUUUUUAAUACAGUAGAGCUUUUUAUAGAAAAUACUUGAAAUCAGUAUUUAAGCUUUACAGAACAUCAUAUUAGCAUAGGGCGAAGUAGCAAACAUGACCUGUAAGUAUCACUUGUUAUAUUGUUUACUUUAUAGAGAUGUGUAUAUAUUUAUAUACUUUUACAAAAAAAAGUUGAAUUAUCAGGUGUCUGAGCAUAUAACUACUGAGACGCCUCCACAGUGUAAAUAAAAGUACACUUUUAAAAUACAAAGGAAUCGUUUUUCUGUCCAUUUGAUAUAUUCUGUUUUGUUCCUGAUAUUGGGGA